GGCUGGGAGCCCGCGCACGCGGCCUGGGCGGGAGAUUGCCAGUGCAGAGCGGCAGAGGAGGAGCUGAGGAUUUCCCAUUCCCAAGCCCUGGGAGGCUGUGAGGAAGAGGAAAUUGCCCCAGGACAGUGAGGCAGAGCAGGAGCUGAGUAUGGAGAGCAGGGAGGACAAAUCCCCGAGGCAGAACCUGAGGGAAGAGGCCGUUUUGAGCGACUCCUCGGCGCAGGAACCCAACGGGGAGGAAAAGCCCUGGAGAUCCCGCACGAGGAGGGGCUGCAAACGCAGAUCGCAGGGAUCUGAGGGGGAAAGAGCCAGCCUGGGCCAGGAAAGCGGCCGGAGAUCGAGCCGGAGCUCGGAGCUGGUGCUCCAUAAGCAGGUUCAUAAUGGGGAGGAACCCCACAAGUGCUCAGAGUGUGGGAAGAGCUUCAGGUGGAACUGCCACCUGAUUGUGCACCAGAGGACCCACACUGGGGAGAGGCCCUAUGAGUGUGGGGAGUGUGGGAAGAGCUUCAGCCGGAGCUCUAGCCUCAUCCACCACCAGAAGAUCCACACUGGGGAACGGCCCUACGAGUGUGAUCAGUGCAGGAAGAGGUUUCAGACCAGCUCUGGUCUCCUCGUGCACCAGCGCACACACACAGAGGAGAGGCCCUUCCGCUGCUCCGACUGCGGGCAGGGCUUCAGGCACAGCUCCCAUCUUGCCAUGCACCAACAAAUCCACACUGGGGAGAGGCCCCACGAGUGUGGGGAAUGUGGGAAGAGCUUCAGCCGGCGCUCUACCCUGAUCCACCACCAGAGGAUCCACACUGGGGAACGGCCCUACAAAUGUGGGGAGUGUGAGAAGGACUUCAGAAGGAGCUCUGAACUCAUCAAGCACCAGAAGACCCAUACUGAGGAGGGGCCCUAUGAGUGUGCAGAAUGUGGGAAGAGCUUCAGCUGGAGCUCCCAGCUGAUCAAACACCAGAUGAUCCACACUGGGGAAUGUCCCUACCAGUGUGAUCAAUGCAGGAAGAGGUUUCACACCAGCUCCAGUCUCCUCCAGCACCAGCGCACGCACACAGAGGAAAGGCCCUUCCGCUGCCCUGACUGCGGGCAGGGCUUCAGGCAGAAUGCCCAUCUUGUCAUGCACCGACAAAUCCACACCGGGGAGAGGCCCCAUGAGUGUGAGGAAUGUGGGGAGAGCUUCAGCCGGAGCUCCACCCUGAUCCGCCACCAGAGGACCCACACUGGGGAACGGCCCUACAAGUGUGGGGAGUGUGGGAAGUGCUUCAGACAGAGUGCCCAUCUGAUUCAGCACCAGAACAUCCACAGUAGGGAACGGCCACACAGAUGUGGGAAAUGUGGGAAGAGCUUCAGACAGCAUUCCUACCUCAUCCUCCACCAAAAGACCCACACUGGGGAGAGACCCUACGAGUGUGAUAAAUGCAGGAAGAGGUUUAAGACCAGCUCCAGUCUCCUCAGUCAUUAUCUGAUUCACUCAGAGGAGAGGCCCUUCUCCUGCCCCGACUGUGGGAAGGGAUUUAAGCUAAACUGCACCCUCAUCACCCACCGGCGCAUCCACACCGGGGAGAGGCCCUACGAGUGUGAGGAGUGUGGGAAGAGCUUCUCACAGCGCUCUCACUUGAACAAACACCAACGGAGCCACCAGUAAGGGAAGCCCUGUGAGUGCCCCAAGUGCAGAAAGAGCUUCAUGCGCUGCUCCAGCUCUAUCCCCCGCUGGAGGAGCCAUGUUGGGCAGAGCCCUGGUGCCCCACAUUCCCAGUGAUCCAUGGUGGGAAUACCCCUGUGUGCUUGUCCUUUUGGUUUGGCCUUAAUUUGCUUGUGCUUCAUCUUUAUUUCUUAAAAACAGCCAAAACCGUGUUAAAUGAAAUAAAUUGACCAAAAAUAUCUGAAGUUCCACAAUUUCACAGGCAGUUUAGGGGGAAUUUAGGACCUGGGGACGCAUUCUGUGUGGAGUGCCCCUGUUGCUAAGAGGCGGGAACUUGAUCUCACCCUUCUUGUGUUGCUAAGAUCUCCUCCCUUUACCCAAACCCCAACUCCACCCCUUGGAUACCCUGUAGAAACAUCAUGUCUCUGCCUUUUCCCUGUCUUUUGGGGGUAAGAAAUGGAAUUCUGGAGCUUUCUGACACCAAGCACCGUCUCAUUUGUUCCUGGCGCCAGCAGCAGCAGCCUCCCUGGACACCAUGAACUCUGGAGAAUGGGGGCAGCCAGUGAGGACAGGUCCUGGAUUGCAAGAUAAGUGUGUGUUGUGUUUGCCAUCUGUCAGAGGUGGGGCAGUUAUCUUCUGUGCAUUGGGCAAUUUUCUUUAUCUCUUCCACAACCAGUCUUCCCUCCAGGAUAUAUCUUCUGUCAAUGGGCCAUUAAUUAUUAAUUAUCUUCUGUUAAUGAGCGACUGAGUGUCACUGCCUGGCUGAUAAAAUGGCAUCAUCCCAUUGGGAGGUGCUCCACCCAGGGGGAGGAGCCAAGUGAUUCUAACUGGAUAGAAUCUGAAGUUUGGAACACCAUAGCAGCCUUUUCCCUCUGGAUUCCUAGAGGAUCAGCCUUUUCCCACUGGAUUCCCAGAGGAAGACCAGGCCCAUCUACAGCUCCUCUGGUUGUUUAGAGGAGAACUCCACCUUUCUCCAGGAUCCCUGCUCCAACAGAGCCACACCUGGCACUGCAGGAGGGCUGCAGCCACCAUUGACUGGGACUGUUGCCAACACCCUGACCCACUGGGUGUCAGGUCCUGUUCUGACUCUGUCAGUGCUUUUUUUUUUGUUUGUACUACUGCAUUUGUAUUUUUAACUUUUCUUAAAAAAAGAACUGUUAUUCCUAUUCCCAUAUCUUUGCUUGAGAGCCCCUUACUUUUUAAAUGAUAACAAUUCAGAGGGAGGGGGUUUGCAUUUUCCAUUCCAGGGGAGGCCCCUGCCUUCCUUAGCAGAAACCUGGCUUUUCAAAACAAGACAAUAACAAAGUUAAUUUAACACCACAGAUAUAAAAUCCAUUUUAAUAUCUGUGAAAAGCCAAAAUUAUAAUAUGUCUCCAUAACAUUAGUGACCUUAAAAACAUGGGGGUAAAAAGCUAACGGGGAGGGGAAUUCCCAGUAAGGGGAGCAAAAUUCCCAGUACUUGGACUGGGCCAUGGGACUGACAUCUACCAUCACUCAGCGAGAGGUUUAUUGUUAUGGAUACAUAUUAUAAUAUUGGCUUUUCAUAGAUAUUAAAAUGCAUUUUAUAUGUGUGAUGUUAAAGUAACUUUGUUGUAAAGAUAUACUUUUUAUUUCUUCUGUUAAUAAAGCUUCAUGAAAUA